UCUGUGCGUGCAAUGUUCUCUCCACUACCAGUGGGAAAUAGCACAACAUAUAAUUUAAGUACAGCAGGACAUCCGCGUGACGUUUUCUUUUUCUUUUCCUUUUUUCUUGCCAGUGAAUUCAAAUUUGGUACAGUGAUUGACAAGGUCCUAUUCAAAUAAAACAUCCCGUGGAGAGCGUGCACACGUUUUUUCAACCGUGCACGGGAGGCGUGGAGCUCGCGCUUCUGACAUUCUCUCCCGCAGUAGCUCUUCUCCAGCGAGCCCUAAUGACAUCACCCAGACACCACGGUUGAAGAAAACAGUUUUUUUCUUUUUUUUCUUUUCUCGAGUGUGUGUGGAAGAGCGAUGUUUUAAUACAGCCGAACGUGUUCGAGCAGAUCUUUUAAUUGGAGCAUAUAAAGCAGGGCAAAUUCCGUGGGAAUAGUUUGUUUUGAAAACAGUGGAGAGCACCAACAUCGCCAACAGGCCCCUUCUCAAAGAAUGCAGCUUCGUGUACUUCGAGUUAUUGCGUGUACUUUCUGUGUUCUCGACAUGGAGUAGCUCGGAAGGGGGUGGAAGCGGUAUUCCUUGACUCGGUUUCUCGCUUAUGGACGACAGUAGUCUCCUUUCUCCAAAGGCAAAUGCUUUCAGUAUUGCCUGUCUGAUUUCAGCGAGGGAUCAAGCAGGAAACACAACGUUUGACAAACACGCCACUAGCCUGGACAAGCAAGUGGUGCAAAACUGCUCCAGAUCCAUUAAAAUGCAUUACAGCACUGUCACGCGGGAGAUGGAAGCAAUAUCAAGCCCGUGGCUGACGCAGCUGUCCCAUUUUUGCGAUGUUGCAGCCUUCACGACCAGCAGCCUGAGCAGUCUCAAUACGCCCGGGAGUUACCAUCUCUCUCCUUCCCCUGGGGAUCCUUACAGCCAUCAUGAAAGCCAGUUUGAGCAGUGCCAGGCUGCCCAGCACGGCUACAACUAUUCCGGAUCCAACCCAGCCCAGGCCCCGGCACAGGGAGACUCCGGGACGUCCAACUGCUCCACGUCGUCGUCAAGCUCAACGCCGAACAAAACGCUGGUGAAAAAGAACCCUAAAGUAGCCAAUAUUAAUGUACAGUUGGAAAUGAAGGCGCUCUGGGAUGAAUUUAAUCAACUUGGGACUGAAAUGAUUGUCACUAAAGCUGGGAGACGAAUGUUUCCUACAUUUCAAGUCAAAAUAUUUGGAAUGGACCCAAUGGCAGAUUACAUGCUCCUGAUGGAUUUCCUACCUGUGGAUGAUAAACGAUACAGGUAUGCCUUCCACAGUUCAUCGUGGCUGGUGGCCGGGAAAGCUGAUCCAGCGACUCCAGGAAGAGUGCACUAUCACCCGGACUCACCUGCCAAAGGAGCGCAGUGGAUGAAACAGAUCGUUUCCUUCGAUAAACUAAAACUAACCAACAAUCUACUGGACGACAACGGACAUAUCAUACUGAACUCCAUGCACAGAUACCAGCCCAGAUUCCACGUGGUCUACGUGGAUCCUAGGAAAGACAGUGAGAAAUACGCCGAGGAAAAUUACAAGACAUUUGUUUUCGAGGAGACCAGAUUUACCGCCGUCACUGCGUAUCAGAACCACAGAAUAACACAACUGAAAAUCGCCAGCAACCCGUUUGCCAAGGGAUUCAGAGACUGUGAUCCGGAGGACUGGCCCAGGAAUCACAGGCCGGGCUCGCUGCAAAUCAUGAGUGCAUUUGCUCGAACCAGAAACCCCAUGUCCUCUCCCCCACAGCAGAACGGCACAGAGAAGGAAGACAGCAGGCGAGAAUAUGAGCGUGACCCCAGCGGCACCUCCCUCCAUUCCGACCCCACUCAUCAACUGAUGUCCCGAGUCCUCAGCCCAGCCCUUCCGGUCCUUGGCGGCCUACACACUGUGCCCCUCACAGCCGGCCAUCGCAGCCCACCACAUGAACUACGCCUUGACGGACACCCACAACCCCCAGACACCUUGCACCAUCAUCCAUACAAGUACCCAACCAGCUAUGAACACUACCUGGGAGCAAAAACCAGGCCAUCCCCAUAUCCCUCACCGAGCAUUAGAGGCCACGGUUACCACCCUCACAUGAACCCAGCCACAGCCAACAUGUACUCUGCAACAAGUGCGCCGACUAAUUAUGACUACGCACCCAGAUAAUGACUCAAUCGGCACCCCAAAUCGGGCAAGAGCCUCACAGGACAAAACAUACUGAGAAAAAACACAAACCUUUGUGUCCCAGACUCAUGAAACAUGUUGAGUUUUGGGUCGGGCACAUCUUUUGCAGUGGCUUCUAACCUUUGGAAAGAGAAGCCGUCAUAUUUAUUGAAGGGAGAAAUGUCACAAAUGUCCUUGUGGAUCUUUAGGAUGAGCCCUGUGGAUCUAACAUGAGCUCUGGACGUCCUGUGAACUCAGUGGAAGGGCACCUGGAAACUGCAGUAUAACUAGUGUUUGGAGGAACGAGGAGGACAAAGACUUCUUUAGACAAAUAAUGCAUUAUCACGGACUGGAAAUUAACUUUUGUGUUGGAUGCACUUUUUGUUUUUGCUUUUAAAAAGCCAUAACUUAUAUAUUACCCUUGAGCCAUUGAGCUUCUAGAUAGAUGGCAUAUUUGCAUGCUGCGCUGUUUUGAAGGUGCUGAAAUACCCUGAAAUGUUUUUUUUUUUUUCUGGUUGAGAAUGAUUUUUUUUUUUAUGCUAGACCACCUUAAGCAGGUCCCUGAAGCUUGUAACAUGGCACUGACCUACAGCAAUUCAAAUAAAUAAAUGAACAGAAUGACUGUGCUGAACUUGUAAAAUAAACAUUAAAUAUUUUACCUUUAAA